AUGUUUCACGCAGCUAGUGUUCAUGUACCUCAAUAUCGCCGACCUAGUGCUCUCCGCACUUUUGUCACCUCCUCAUUUUCCAGUCCUCCAGAAAGUAAAGAGCCAGUGAGACGUGGAAUACUGUUUAUGGCUGUAGCUGGCGUUUUUCUGUUAAUUGGCAGUAUAUUAACAUGGUUAGGAUUUAAUGAUGUAUUUGGUGGUAAAAUAUCAAUGACUGGGCCAUUAUUAAUAGCUUUAGCUCUUUUACUGUUAUUACUCUCUACCAGACAGUUCCUGAAAGCUAGAAAACAUAGUCGUGAACAUCCAAAUAGAUUACAGUUAGGGCGAGUAGGACAAGGUACAUUAAGAGCUGUAGUAGUAGAUCGUAAUGAUAGACUAGGUGCUGUCACUGUUAUUAUGGAUUCUUUAGAUGUUGACAAUAAUUACGCUAACAGACAUGGUAGUGAAGAUUAUGCUCCUCCAUCAUACAGUGAAGUAGCUGAAAUAAACACAACUAAUAAUAUACUGAGACCGUAUUCUAACUCAGAUGAAGAGGAACCUCCUCCUCCGUAUGAUGAUGUCAUUAUACCAUCAGACAACAUGAUGACCCUGCACCUUCCAAAAUAUGAAUCAUUAAUGGGCAGAAGAAGUCCUGUGCCAAAGGUGGAAGUAUCUGUAUUACCAUUUGUAUCAUUGAGUAUGAAAAAACUAUUAUUAUUAUUAUGA